AUGGCACCCACUGCUCUGAUUGAUCAUUCUCCCCACCAACCCACGCCGGCUCAAAAGCUGCCCUCUGCGAACAACCUUGUCCUCAUUGACAAUUAUGACUCUUUCACCUGGAAUGUCUACCAGUACCUCGUCCUAGAAGGCGCCACCGUCACAGUCUACCGAAACGACAAAGUGACACUUGAAGAGCUUAUUGCCAAAAAGCCAACACAAUUGGUCAUCAGUCCUGGCCCAGGCCACCCUGACACGGACGCGGGUAUAAGUCAGGAGGCAAUCAAACACUUUGCGGGCAAAAUUCCAAUCCUCGGGGUGUGCAUGGGACAACAGUGUAUCAUCUCCGGUUUCGGUGGUGAAGUCGAUGUUACAGGAGAAAUACUCCACGGGAAGACCUCACCGCUGAGACAUGAUGGCAAAGGAUGUUAUACUACACUGGCACAAGACCUGCCCGUCACGAGAUACCAUUCGCUUGCGGGAACACAUCCGACCCUUCCAGAGUCGUUGGAGGUCUCAUCUUGGAUAGCCAAGGGCCCGGACGGGGGCAAGGGAGUGAUUAUGGGUGUCCGUCACAAGGAAUAUGUCAUCGAGGGGGUUCAGUUCCAUCCCGAAAGCAUUCUGACGGAGAAUGGUCGAGUCAUGUUUAAGAAUUUUUUGAAAAUGUCCGGCGGAAAGUGGUCGGAAAAUCCUCAGUAUGCUGUACCUGACGCUGAAGUCAAAGCCACCCUUAAUGGAGCAGCACACCCGAAGAAAGAAUCCAUCUUGGACAAGAUCUACGCCCACCGACGACAAGCUGUUGCCGCUCAGAAGCUCGUCCCGUCUCAGAGACCUCUGGAUCUCCAAGAUGCCUAUGACCUUGGUCUUGCUCCUCCACAGAUUUCCUUUCCUCAAAGGCUUCGGCAAUCCCCUUACCCGAUUGCCCUCCUAGCUGAGAUCAAAAGAGCCUCUCCUUCAAAAGGCAUUAUAUCCCUCGGGACGUGUGCACCGGCACAAGCACGAAAAUAUGCAACAGCCGGGGCCAGCGUCAUCUCUGUGUUGACAGAACCGGAAUGGUUCAAGGGAAGCCUCGAGGACAUGAGACUUGUCCGUCAGGCUCUCGAUAGCAUGCCCAACAGACCCGCCGUACUGCGUAAGGAAUUCAUCUUUGAUGAAUACCAAAUUCUAGAAGCACGAGUCGCGGGUGCUGAUACGGUUUUACUUAUUGUCAAGAUGCUCGAUGUGGAGACAUUGACGAGACUGUACCAUUAUUCGAGAUCAUUGGGGAUGGAGCCCCUGGUCGAAGUCAACACUGCAGAGGAGAUGAAAAUCGCAGUUGAACUAGGCGCCGAGGUUAUUGGCGUGAACAACCGCAAUCUCACAAAUUUCGAAGUUGACCUUGGAACGACAAGUCGUUUGAUGGAUCAAGUCCCGGCGUCCACAAUUGUGUGCGCUCUAAGUGGAAUAUUUGGGCCUCAAGAUGUGCAAGCGUACAAAAAGGACGGUGUCAAAGCAAUUCUGGUUGGCGAGGCCUUGAUGAGGGCACCGAAUCCGGUCGAAUUUAUUGCCACAUUGGUGGGAGAUCCAGAUAUGCCGCCAAAGAAGUCGACACGGCCCACACAGCUCUCAAUCAAAAUCUGCGGUACACGCACACCCCAGGACGCGAAAGUAGCGAUUGAAGCCGGCGCUGACCAAAUCGGCAUCAUUCUUGUGCCUGGCAGGAAACGGUACGUCUCAGAUGAUGUGGCGCAACAGAUAGCGAAGGUCGUGAAAGACACACCCCGUGCGGCGUCUUCCAAAUUCACCCAUGCAGUUGAAGGAGUCGGCAGUGCGGAUUUCUUCAGCUACACCUCCUCCCAGCUACUUAUUCGUCCCGACCGUGCGCUUCUUGUUGGUGUAUUCGUCGAUGCACCCCUUCCCCAGAUAAUCCAGCAAGUCCACCAAUUGGGUCUGGACGCGGUACAACUUCACGGCUCAGAACCACUGGAAUACGCGAGGCAGAUCCCGGUUCCUGUUCUGAAAGCGUUCUCUCCAAAAGAUUGUGGAAUCAACACGAGAGGCUAUCAUUCUUUACCGUUGUUGGAUGCUGGAGGGGGUGGAUCGGGAACGAGGGUCAAUCUCGACGAUGUGAAAAUGCUAUUCCAGAAAGAUGAUAGCCUCAAGGUGAUCCUGGCGGGAGGGCUCACCCCAGAGAAUGUACAGACGGUGCUGGAGGAACUAGGGGAAGAUUAUAUCGGCCAAAACGUAGUCGGCGUGGAUGUCAGUUCUGGUGUCGAGGUUGACGGACGCCGGAGUGCGGACAGAACGAGAGCGUUCAUAGAUUCUGUCAAGAGUCUGUAG